AUGGAAGAAAAUCAACAUCAAGAUGAAGAAAAAGCUGGUACCUUGAAUGAGCCAAUUUUUGGACCUCUUCCGACUGAAGGAGCUGUUCAAAGAUCGUUGGAAUUUGAUGAUAUCAGCUUUAUUGGUGGCGACUUAGAGAAGCAACAAGGGUCGUCAACUGAUUCAGAAAAGAGCUCAAAAGCGACUUUUUCGACAACAGAAACAGCUACUACCAAUCAAUCCAGUCUUCAAGGGUCAAAUAACAAAUAUACGAGGUUGCCUCUGAUUUGGGAGAGAAAAGGAACUCUUAUCGAAGAAACACUAAGACUGUCAGAUUCGCUUGUUCGGCAAAUGGACUCUAUCGAUAGGGCCUACCCUGGUUCUACGAACAGCCUCAAUGAAUUUCCCCAGCCGCCGAAAAGAAAAUAUUCCGCGCUGAAAAAACUGCAGCAGAGGAUGUCGAUAAGAUGUACUGCUUUUUAUACCAUGAUUUUGCUGUUUCUUCUUUUGUUUUCUUGCUUGAUAGCAAGUGGAAUCAUUGUGGCUACGAGCAACUCCUCAGAAUCGGACGAAAAUGUGGAGCAAAUGUGGACUUCUCCCCCCAACAGUUCAUCAUUUCCGGGCGAAGAGGCGCGCCCCGUGCAUUAA